AUGACUGAGUUAAUAAAUGGUAUGGAUGAUACAAAUCCUGAUGCAACAAAUACACAACAUUUUAAAAAUCAAGAAAUACCAUUCGAAACAGUAAAAUACAGAAAAAGAAGACAACCAAAAUGCCACAUUGGUGUAGCAGAAGUAAAUGAUGCGGAAGAACUAAACAGUUUUGUAGGAAGAGUUAAAGAAAAACGAUUCUGGCUUUUUAUUAGCAAGGUUAAAGAUCACAUCACAGAAAAUAUGGUCAUAACACAUCUAGAAAAAAAGUGUGACAGAAAAGAUCUGUUAUCUGUGAAGGAAUUAUCAACAUACAAAAAAAAAACAAAUGUUUUAAGAUCAGCAUGCAAUAUGAUCUUAUGGACCAGGCCUCUAUCGACACCUAAUCUGUUGCGAAGCUUAGUCCAUAUUAAUCCAUAUGAAGAAAAAUUCCGCUCAAUAGAUGCAGAUGAAGCUGGACAUGGGAACAAAGAUAACAAAUAUGUACAAAAUUCAUCUGCCAUGGAUAACCAGUGGUCUUUGAAAACCUUAAACAAAAAAUUUAUUAAGAAGUUCAACACCCACUUGCUUACAUAUCAAAUUCAUUUGAACGAGACCUCUAAUAAAACAGGGGGUAGUUUAGAUAACGAAAAGAUUAAUUUAGGGCAUGUUUUAAAAACAGGUUUACAAAAUGCUAAAAAGCAGGCGGGUUACGUACAUGGUGAUAAGAUACGGGUUAUUGUGCAAAAUGACGGCUUUAAUCACCCAAUUUCUACAGAAACGACUACUAAUAUAAAUGUCGACAAUAUAUUGGAUCAUAUUGAAAACAUCGUCACCUCUAAUCAAGAGGUAGAUAUACGAGGUACAUCUUUUGAUGUACAAAUUUUUAAAAUGCCACGUGGAAAGGGUCGUCCUAAAAUCAUCAAUUUAACAGAGAACCGUUUAACUAAGCGUAGUAUUACACGUAUUAAUAAUAGUGAUAAUUUGUGUGGCCCUCGCGCAAUAAUUACGGCCUUAUCGUACCAUACCGAUGAGCUUUUGGGUAAGAAAUUAUCUAAAAGUGAUAUUAAAGAUUUGAGAAUGGGCCGUUAUAUUCAAACAAUUCUAGCUCAAAAGUUAUGUUGGCUUUUGGGUGGGUCUUACGAAAAUGGUUUUUCGUUGGAGGAUUUUAAAAAGGCUGAAAAAUUGUUAGACGUACAAAUAAAGAUUAUUUGCGCCGAAAAUUUUAAUAGUAUUAUAUACGAGGGGGAUGAUCAAGAUAAUAAACUUUAUUUAUAUAAAAACAAAAACCACUUUGAUGUGAUAAAUAAUUUAAAGGGUUUGUACGGACGACACUUUUAUUGUUACAAGUGUGAUACAGGUUACGAUAAUAAAAACAUUCACAAAUGCAAAAAACAACCCCUUUGUAACCUGUGUAAACAGCCACAGCAUGAUUCUACAGUCAAAAAGAAAACUUAUUGUGCCAAGUGCAACAGAUUUUGCUACAAUGACGAAUGUUUAGCUAAUCACGACACAGUUUGCUCUGAAGUCUACAAAUGUACAGGGUGUAAUAAACUUCUUAGCCGACAAAAGUUUCACAAGUGUGGCUUUUCGCUGUGCUUUAACUGUAGAGAUUUUGUAGAAACAGCCACUCAUCAAUGUUUCAUGGUCAAAAAGCCUGCAAAAGGUGGUUUUUGUAAGGUACCAUGUGAAUGCAAUGGUCGUGGCGAACUCAAUACAGGGUGUCGUUAUAAUAAAGAGAAUCAAGAUUCACCUAUUUGCAAAGAACCGUGCGUCUGCAACGGUCUUUCUGACGAAAAAAUUGCCCGUUGUACGUACAACGAAAAGUAUAUCUUCUUCGAUUACGAAGCACAACAGGGCACAGGUAUUCAUAUACCUAAUUUAGUUAUUGCGCACGAUUUUGAAGGUAACAAAUUUACCUUUAAAAAUAAUGAGGAUUUCUGCAAAUGGCUGAUAUCCGAGCAGCACCGCGGUUAUACAGCUAUAGCCCAUAAUGCCAAAGGUUACGACUCGUAUUUCAUUUUGAAAUACUGCGUAGAAAAUACCAUUAAACCCUUCACCAUCUACAAUGGUUCGAAGUUGAUGUUAUUGGAGAUUUCCCCAAUAAAGUUAAAAAUAAUAGACUCUAGUAAUUUUGUGGCUGGGCCCUUGGCCAAUUUUCCAAAAACUUUCGACCUAAAAGAGACAUGUAAGGGUUAUUUUCCUCAUUUUUUCAAUACCCCAGAAAACCAAAAAUAUGUUGGCCCAAUACCCGGUGUAGAAUUUUAUGGGGUCAACACCAUGAAACCACCUCAAAGGGCUGGUUUUCUAAAGUGGCACGCUGAACGAGUAGGGAAGAAUUAUAUCUUUGAUUUUCAAAAGGAGAUUCAUACCUACUGUGAAUCAGACGUGGAUAUUUUAAGACAAGGAUGUUUAGCGUUUCGAAAAGAAUUUUUGAAUAUUGCAAACAUUGACCCUUUUCAAUACCUUACAAUAGCCAGUGUAUGUAUGGCCAUUUUCCGCUCAAAAUACCUGUCUAAAAAAACCAUCGCCCUUUUAGAAACUGAGAAAAAAGAUACAUACAGCCAGACCUCCAUUAGAUGGUUAAAUCAGUUUACUAAUGUGAGACACGCCCUUAACGGUGGCGAAGUACAUAUUUGUGGCUCUAAAGUGGACGGUUACGAUAAGGUCACCAAUACUGUGUACCAAUUUCACGGUUGUUUUUGGCAUGGUUGCCCUAAAUGCUUUACUCCUUCAACUGUGAAUAAUGUAAAUUUUGACACAAUGGAGGACCUUUUUGAAAAGACUUCACGUAGAAGUCAACAACUAAAAGAGGGUGGGUACAAUCUUGUGGAAAUUUGGGAGUGUGAUUGGCUAAAAUCCAAGGAAUUUAAAAAGACUGAACCUGUUAAAAUGAUGGAGCCCUUAAAACCACGAGAAAGUUUCUUUGGUGGUAGAACUAAUGCCUCCAAAUUAAGGGUUACUGGUAAAAAAUGUCGGUAUAUAGAUGUUGUUUCUUUGUAUCCUUCUGUUCAAUUUUACGAUUAUUACCCUGUAGGACACCCUACCAAGAUUUUUAACCCUACAGAAUACAACCCUGAGUGGUUUGGUUUGGUAAAAUGCACGGUUUUACCACCCCAAAAACUAUACCAUCCUGUAUUACCUGUUAAAACAACAAAAUUGACGUUUGCUUUGUGUAGAAGUUGUAUGGAAAACGAAACAGAAACAUGUAAUCACACUGUCAAUGAAAGGGUGUUUACAGGCAUUUGGACUACAGCUGAACUUAAAAAGGCUUUGGAAAAAGGUUAUGAAAUUAUUCAAAUUGACGAGGUUUGGCAUUUUCCUCAAAAAUCAAAUGAUUUGUUUAAGGAUUAUAUUAGGGAUUUCAUGAAGAUUAAACUAGAAGCGAGUCCUCACAAAUAUGAAUCUAAUACCGCAUAUGCAAAAAUCGUUAAAGAUCAAAUGGGCAUUGACCUCGAUAUCGAUAAAAUUGCACCAAAUCCAGGUAAAAGAGCUGUGGCUAAAAUUUGCCUUAAUUCACUUUGGGGUAAAUUCGGCCAAAAGCAAAACAUGUCUGAAACAGAGUAUGUUACCGAUGUUAAAAGCUGGUACAACAUACUACUCGAUGAUAAAAUUGAAAUUUCUAAUUGUAUUUUUUUAAAUGAUGACAUGGUCCAGGUUACAUAUAAAUACAAAGAAGUGUUUGUAGAAGAUUCUACAUCAACAAAUAUAUUUAUAGCCACUUUCACAACCUCUAAUGCCAGGCUAAGAUUGUAUGAAAUGCUUGAUAAAUUAGGAGAAAAUAUUGUAUAUUACGACACAGAUUCAAUUAUUUAUAUUGAUGAUGGUUUAAAUACAGUCAAAACAGGUGAAAUGUUAGGCGAGUGGUCUGAUGAGUUGGGUGAGGAUGACCAUAUUGUCGAUUUCUUAUCUACUGGUCCUAAAAGUUAUUAUUAUAAAACCCUAAAGGGCAUAGAGGUUACUAAAAUUAAGGGCUUUACUUUAAACUACGAGAACUCUGAGAUGUUAAAUAAUAAAGGUAUGUUAGAGGCUAUUAACAACCCUUCUACGGAAAUUAAAUUAGUUUAUGAUCAAAUAACCAGAAAUACCUGUACCAAAGACAUUCUUACUAGGAAGCGUGUAUCUAAAACGUUUCGUAUGGAUUAUAAAAAAAGGCGUACUCUUGAUCCGGAUGUAGACGAUGUUCUCAAUACUGUUCCUUGGGGUUACUAAAUAUUAAGUUAAAAAAUUAUGUUUUCAAAGUUAUAACUGUAAAAUCUCUAAAAUAUCAAAUAGGAAACUCAAAAAAGUUAGUAAUUAAAUACGAAACUCACAAAGUUAGUAAUUAAAUAAUAUUUUAAACUGUAAAAUAUCAAAUAGGAAAAAUCAAAAAGUUGAUAAUUAUUAGAUUCUAAAAAAAAAAGUACGUUACUAAUGUAAACUUUAGUUGAACAAACAAUCAGCUGUUUUCACGGCUUCCUUAUUUAUCCUCUCCUUAUAUUUAGUAAUAUAAAUCACAACCUCUCAACAAAUAAUUAGGCAUAGGUAACUUGUUAAAACUUGCUUAAAACAAUUAAGAUACCAAAAUUAUAAAAAACCAUUAGGU